AUGGAGUCGAGUGGUGAUGUGGAUGCCUCAAAGAUCCUGGAGAAGGGUCCGGAGUACCUUCGAAAGCAAAUGGAGCUGGAGAGCGAGGCGAAAGGAGGCAUGAGUGCCGUGGAGAGGCUUGCCGCAAGCAAACUAAAAUACGUCAAGAGUCAACAGGUGGUCAACUCCACACAGGAGCCAGUGAUCAGUCUGGGAUCAGCCUCUGUGAGUAGCACUGGAUCCUCAAACCGGAGCUCCAACCGUAGUGGCAAACUUGUUCCAGGGAGGAACUUGCCAGUGGUUUCAGGUGGUGCACAAAGCCACUCACAAGGACAGGACAAUGUGGUGCGUCGAUCCAGCUCCAAAAAACGUCCGGAUUCCCUUUUACUUUACCGGCAGAAAUGCGAAUUACUGAAAAGGUCAACAAAUGAUAGAGAUAAGCGGAGUAAAGCUCGCAGGUUACUACUCAGCUCUGUGGAUAAGAAUGUUUCAUUACCUGAGGCAACAGAUAAGGAAUGCAUGUCAGAGGGCGACGAUGUACUUACACCUAAGGGAUCUGCAAAUGAAUGUCAGUCAAAUGAUUCUCACUCUGAGCAACUGCAACAGCAAAAGGUUACAGAUCAAGAAAGCCCACGGGACAGGGAGCCUGUGAGAAAGGCAGCAGUCCUGCGUAAGCCUAAUCACAGAAGAGUGGCUGAGGUGCAACAAAGGAGUCGCACAGGGGUCAGCCGUUCUCACUCUGACAUCAGCUCAAGGUACUCCAAAAACUUUGCAGACUUUGAUGCUUUCUUCAAGUACUGCGGGCUGGACGGCGAGGUCAUCGAGUCCUUGGGCAAGGAGAACUUUUCGGCGCGCUCCGACGAACUGGCCAUAAAAAUCCGGAGUGUCAGCGUCUCAACGUCAGAUGAUGGCUUUUCCAGGAGCAGCGGCGACAGCGACGGGCUCUUGGAAGAGGAGCUACAUGAAAACAUUCGACAGGGGACGUCAGUCAUCGAGCGCAACGCAAGGAUUAUCAAAUGGCUGUACAGCUGCAAGAAUGCCAAGGAGACUGGGAAAAAGUUACGAGAGCUUCAUUGAGACAUUGUUCCUUUUUUUUUUUUGAGGCUUGGAUGUAUUCUUUGCCAACUUCAUGCCUAUUUCACUCAUUUAUCACUUCUAUGCAGGCCAUACUUCAUAUAGCUGAAACAGAUGAACAAGUGAUGAACAUAUUUAUGUACAGGCCUGAUUUAUGACUCGGUCAAAACUGGCUCUUUCUAACAAGCAGCAAUAGGUUAUUCCAGGCCUUUGGUUAUAGAGAACACUAUUUCUGUCUGUGCUCCAUUCUGUGUGUGUGUGUGUGUGUGUGUGUGUGUGUG